AUGGUAAAUUGGCUCUUAGCAGGACCACACAUGAAGAGCCAACACAGCAGAGGAUUGGAGCUGAGAAUCUUGCUGGUGGAAACAGGGACGGGCAGAAGUGCCACAGGGGACAGCACCCUGGGGGAGCAAGCGUUUGAGCCCCAGCUGCCCUCCCAGACCUUUACUCAGACCUGCAGGGAGAGUGCAGGAUGCUAGGGAGAGAGGGUGCUGGUCGUCAUGGGCACACCGGACCUGUGUUCAGGGAAGGACCACUCCGAUCCCCUGCACAGAGAGGUGCAGAAGUGCUACCUGCUCCCAGCCCCAGGCCCCCAUGUGCUCCUCCUGGUGAUGCAGCUGCACGGCUUCACUGCCCAGGACCAGCAGCCUGCAUGGAGGGUGAAGGCGGUCUUUGGAGAGGGUGCCAUGAGACACAUUGUCCUCUUCAGCCACAAGGAGGACCUCGAGGGAGGCUCCUGGAUGGAAUACAUCCACCACUCAGGAAAUAAAGCUCUAGGCAGGCUGGUGGCUGCGUGUGGGGGGCAACCAUACGCCUUUAAUAAGGGAGCCAAAGGGAGUGAUAUGGAAGACCUGAGGAAGCUGAUGGACUUGAGGGAGGGCCUGGUGGUGAAGAGAAGUGGGGAGCCCUGUACCAGUGAGCUGUACGGCCUAGUGACAGGGCUGGAAUGUGGACGUGAGUGGUCAGAGGGGAAUCUCCUAAAGUACAUGGAAAAGCAGAGAUGAGGCACAACCCAGGCCAAAAGCAAUUGCCUAAAAAGAGCCUCAAUCCAAAUGCAAGUGUGUGUUGUAGUUUGUAUUCAGUUGUCUGUCCAAUUGCUACCUCGGUUAGUUUGUGUAUUGCUCAGUAUAGAAAACUUUUCUUACUACUUACUCUGUAGUAUGUGCCAUUUGUUCUGUAGAUUAUUGUUAUUAUUGUUAAUUAUACUCAGAAAAUUAGUGACAAUUCCUGGGAAGACCAUUGGUUUGGAAUGCAAGACUCCCAGGGGACAGUUAUUGAUCAGUGAUUAUUAUCACUGUCACAGAGUGAGGGAAGCCCAGUGCCUCCUCUAUAGAAUGCAGUGCCAGACAUCAGUGAAUGGUUGA